CAGUAUGAGGAUGUGCUGUGUCCUCCGGUGCAGUGUUCUUUGUACCUGCUCCGGCUACACCACCAUGUCCCGCUCUGCAGUCACCAGAGAUGCAGUGGUCGGCAUAGGUGUACUUGGGGUCACCUUCGCUGCGGGUGUCUACAUUGGAGCACAACAACAAAAAUCACGGUGGUGCUGGAUCUGGCACAUCACAGACGACAACAUCUGACUGCACUGCUAUCCGAUGGGGAUCCAUCAUGGAGCCUGGCAGGCUGCAACAUUUUGUCCAGCCUUUCUGAUGAUCGGCCCCUAACACAGAUGUGAUAAAAGCCUUAUGUGUUCUGUAGAAUCAGAUGUACUACAGCAGCUGAGAUGUGUAUUAUUAUGUUCCACUGCAGAUGAGGAAAAAGAUACUUCAUGUAUCGAAGAAAAAAGUCCCAGAAAAUGUUUGAGGGUGCAGAUGACCCACGGAGAACAUAUCUAUUGCGAUUAUCUCUCAGAGAGCAUCCAUCUGCGAAAAAAUUAUGUCAGUAUCUUUUACGGACCACUUCUCAGGAUGUUAGCAGUGAUGCUGUCCAACUGUUGGCAAAUCUGGCUAAGCUUAUUAAUUCUAAGAACAUUUUGGAAAUGGGGUGCAGCUAUGGCUAUAACCCCUUGGUCCUUGCCUUGGUGUUGCCAUCUGAUGGAAAGCUAAUUGCACAUGUGCGAGAGACAGAAGAUAUAAGUCAUGCAAGGGAAUUUUGGAGAGAGGCUGCCGUAGACAAUAAGAUUCAGGUGGAAGUAAAGUCUGAAGAACAAACACUGGAUGGCUUACUCUCUGCCGGAGAAGUGGGGACAUUUGAUAUAAUCUUUAUAAAUAUGUAUGGUCUAACAAACUGCAGAAAAUGUUAUGAGAAGUGCCUGCGUCUGUUGAAGAGCAGAGGAGUACUGGCCAUAGAUGGGGUGCUGUGCAACGGAGCAGUCCUAAAAAAGAACUCCAUGACAGACAAGGUACAAAGCAUACAGCAGAUGAAUGAAGCCAUUUUAAGGGAUGCCCGUGUUUUCCUAAGUAUACUACCUCUUGCUGAUGGACUGAUGCUCUGUUUUAAGCUUUAGCAUCACUUACCAUCCCCUCAAGAAGAAAAUCAGUACAUUGCUUCUGAAAAUACUACAGUCCCAAGGCUCAAGGAUACAGCUAUAUUAUGGAACCAUAAAAUGCAAAACAUGGUGUAAAUACAGUAGAUUUUUACAUAGAAACGUGCCUGCAAUUUCAUGAUGCAAGUUUUUCCCAUGAAAAUGCUGACAAUUAAAGGAACAUUUCAUAAAACAAUGGGCAUUUUGGGGAAACACUACUGUACUCUGCUUGCUAAAUGUUUAAAGACACAUUAACCACAAACAAUAGUAUACUGUACAUUUGAGAAAACUAUAGUAACUUUCAGUAAAUAGGAGGGAAUAUAUCAAGUCUGAACACAUGUGGACUUUUGCACAUUUGUAACUUUUUGGAAUUUUCUGCUGGUCACAAAUAAAAAAGUGGAUAAGGUUGAAAAAAAACACAGGUCCAUUAAGCUCAACCCUUUUCAGACCAAUUAUACAACAUUAUUUGUUACAUUAGUUAUAAUCCUCAGUGCUGUUUGCUGUUAGAUAAGCAUCUACCCCCUUUAAUCCGUUUACCCCAGAAAAUUGUUGUACAUUAUAGCUGAAAUCUGUUUUACCCAUAGCUGGCGAUUUUGAUUUGUGGCAAACAGCCAAAGAUGAACCAAAAUUUAUCAAAACUUGUCUCUUAAUAAAUUCUGAAUAUCUUACUCCAAA